AUGCCUUUCAAGGAUCUGGCCACAGUGGACAACAUUCUGCUCUGCGAGUCCCCAGCCGUUGACGACAAGGAAGCGCGCCUUGCCCUGCGUAGGCUGCAGGAGGUGGGCGUGGGCGCGCUGGUGCCCGUGGAGGCCCUCGCAGCGUCGCCUCUCCCCAAUGCCGUGGCUCUGCUCACCCUCGAGCAGGCCAAGCUGGGCGUGCACAAGCACCUGCCGCAAGGAGCGGCGCGCUUUGCAGUGAGUGUGCGGGGCGAUGAGAGCGAGGAGGACCUCAAGGCGUUGGUGGGGCUGGACGCCGUGAUGCUGCUGGCGCACGUGCCGCCGCAGCCAAAGGACAGCACUAUCAGCCGCGUGCACGCCAGCCGCAGGCUGUUUGAGUUUCUGCCGUCCAAUAACAUCACGACACCUGUCAUCCACCACAUCAGCUUCCCAGACGGCACGUCCAAGGACGAUCGGGUGCUGCAGUCGGGUGCCGAGGCCGGCUGCCGCAUGCGCAACACCAAGACCGAGUUUGUGUCGUGCCCAUCAUGCGGCCGCACGUUGUUUGACCUGCAGGAGGUGACUGCCUCCAUCUGCGAGUGCACCUCGCACCUCCCUGGCGUUGCUAUCGCCAUCAUGGGGUGCAUUGUGAACGGCCCCGGUGAGAUGGCAGAUGCAGACUUUGGCUACGUGGGAGGGGCGCCGAGCAAGAUCGACCUCUAUGUCGGCAAGGAGGUGGUGCAGCGCGGCAUCCCUAUGGAGGAGGCCAUAGACGCCCUGGUGAAGCUCAUCGAGGACCACGGCUGCUGGGUGGAGCCCGCCCAGGAGGAGGAGGUGCAGGCAGUUGCCGCCUGA